AUGCCGCCCAGAAAACGCACAGCAAAACAACUGACUCGGACAGCGCGUCAGCCAACUAGUCAGCGUGGCAAAGCCAAAAAUGAUGUUCCAGACGUAUACGACGAAUUGCUCGCCGAAGCAGCCGAGGAGGAACAUGCUGCUGCAUCAACAUCAAAGCCGAUCAAACAAAGACCAACCCAGAUUGCAGGCAGACCUGAACACCGUCGUGGCAGGGCCGAAGAUGAGAUCGGAGGCGUCUAUAGCGACAUGCUCGCCGAGGCUCUUGCGGAGGAACAUGCCGCAACUUCGACCCCGAGACCAUCAAAGCGCCGCAAGACAAGCGAGGAGCCCUCGAGCAAGAUUGAGCUUGAUGUCAAUCUAUUCAGUGGACCUGCUGAUGAUGGAAUUCCCGCGCCUGUGGAGUCCGAAUCUGCACGGCUCCAACAGGUCACCCUCACUGAGUUCGAUACUGCGACCGAGUCAGAUCCCGAAUUCGAGGAUGUCAACCUCGAGCCCGUUGGAGGAGAAGCUGAAUACGAUGAUGAACCAGACGAGAAGCCUCUCGAGCUCAACCUUUCCAAAAUCUCCACGCCUACACGUGCUACACCAAAACGGAAGCCUGUAAGUGCUGCAGAAAAGCGGCUUCGUUUAGAUGUGCAUAAAACACAUCUCGUCAUGUUAUUAGCGAAUCUCAAAUGUCGAAAUCAAUGGUGCAAUAGCGAGACAGUACAAGCCAUUUUGAAGCCCCUUGUCCAGCGGAAAACUACAUCGUUACUUCACGUGGAUGAACGGAAGACUCAAUAUGAGCGAAACCAGUCCUUCAUGAAAGGAAUUGAAGAAGUCUUCUCCAUAUGGAAAAACUUGUGGAUAAUGGACGGACGGGGGAUGACACGUGCUUAUUGGAGAGAUGAUGUCGACGCCGUCAAGGAAAGCGAUGACGCCGAGGACCUCGACUUCGAUGACUUCAAGGCUGCUGCGAUUUCAAAACGUGGGUCGAGAGAUCUAGCUGCUCAGUUGUUCUGUGCCUUGCUUCGAUCUCUUGCUCUUGACGCCCGCUUGGUGUGCUCUUUGCAAGUCUUGCCUUUUUCAAGGGUUGCAAAAGGGCAGACGCCGCAGAAGCCCAAGGCAGAAUAUAUUCGUGCGCCUCCUCAAGACUACGGCUCAACAUCCGGCACAAGCGCACAAAGGCGAAAAGUGUUUUCAGAGUCAAUGUUUCCGAUCUUUUGGGUCGAGGUUUUCUCUCCGGCUAUACAGACAUGGAUCCCUCUGGAUCCUAUCGUCCGUCAAACGAUCAACAAGCCGAAGACGGGCUUUGAACCUUACGCCAAUGACAACUACAACAAGAUGACAUACGUGAUUGCAUUCGAAGACGAUGGCUCGGCAAAGGACGUAAGCAGACGGUACACUCAAUUCUACAGUUCAAAGAUCCGCAAACAGCGGGUCGAAAGCACCCCGGGAGGCGAGAAAUGGUGGGAUAAGACUAUGCGAAUUUUUGAGAAGCCCUUUCGAGAAGCUCGAGAUGACAUUGAGGAUGCGUUUCUACAGACGCGCGCCGAAAGCGAACCCAUGCCCAAUAACAUUGAAGAUUUCCGAGGUCAUUCAGUCUACGUUUUGGAGCGGCAUUUGCGCAAGAACGAAGUCAUCCACCCGAGACGUGAGUCCGGGAAAGUCAAGAUAGGGUACGGAAAGGACGCCAAGCUCGUCAGCGUAUUUCGCCGACGAGACGUCCACGUCUGCCGAACGGCAGAUGCUUGGUACCGACGGGGAAGAGAUGUCAACCAAGGGGAGCAGCCGCUGAACCGGGCUGUUCCCAGACGGAAACAGACGCCGGUUACAGAUGACUUUGAUGACAACGAAGAUGCCGCCAGCGGCACGGCUCUAUACGCGGAGUUCCAGACUAGCUUGUACGAGCCACCACCCGUUGUCAACGGCAAAGUACCGAGGAAUGCCUACGGUAACCUCGACGUCUACGUGGCGUCGAUGAUUCCAGCAGGGGCGGUCCACAUUCGACAUGCUCUUGCCGCGAAAGCAGCCCGGAUUCUUGGGAUUGACUACGCGGAUGCUGUGACAGGUUUUCAAUUCAAGGGUCGACAAGGCACGGCCGUCAUCGACGGCGUAGUCGUCGCCAUGAACAUGACAAAUGCAAUGAUCACCGUGAUUGAAGCAUUGGAGUCGCAGGCAUCAGAAGAAGCCGAAGAGGCACGAUCUAAAAUCCUUCUAGCGAUGUGGAAACGCUGGCUCACUGCACUACGUGUACGAGAGCAUGUGCAGCACCAAUAUGGGGAUCGGGAAGAAGGUACAAAAGGCAAAGGCCUCUUGGUCGACGACGAUGACGAAGACGACAUUACCUAUAGGCCGGAAGACGACGGCGGUGGGUUCAUGCUCGAAGGAGCUGAACCCGAUGAGAGCGACGAGGGCGCUACCACGGCACUGACCCCUUCCAAGAUGCCCAAUCUGAGACCUCUCGAGCUUCCGCCAGAAGUGGUGCAUCAAGAGGUUAUUGUUGUUCGGUCUCCCCAUAAGCUCCCACAGCCGCCAGCCCAAGAGCCACCAAUGCAGCAGAGUAAUUAUCAAGAAAACAGGUCGGACGUGGCCGACGGUGGGGGUUUCAUGUUCGACAAUAACCAUCCCACAAUCCUCGCGGCAGAGAAGUUAAAUUCCGGAGCGGCCGCCAAUGCAGAGAGCGGCGGAUCUGGCCGCAAGGACAAGGUUGAGGACGACAAUGAAGGUGGCGGAUUUCUGCCAGACGACACGGAUGAAGUAGGUGGUGGCUUCGUGGCUGAGACCGAAGCAUCCAAAGCGCAUGCUCAAGCAAGCACGACUGGCGAGGAACAAGCAGGGGGCUUUCUACUCGGUCCGGAAACGGGCGCGGCCUCGGCCAACGACGCCGCCGCCGCUGCGGACCAUGCGACCGCGUCUGCCACUCUGGGAGGCCCUGAAUCCAACAACAUGCGCCAUGAAUACCGGGACGCUGGAGAUGCCGAAAAUACUGAAGCGGCCACGGGUCAUCCAACUGACGCCGGUCCAUCGACCGCACAGUCGCUUCCGCGUCCGCCUCCUGCUAAACCGGACGAGGGUACACUGAACCUGAGCCUGAACCAGAACGAGGCUUCACAUGGAGGGAGUCCUGUCUCGGCUCCGACGCCGGGGUCCCUCCUCUCGCAUGACCCCGAGGAAGACGAUGCUGAGCCUGAGUGGUUGUUGAAUAGCCUGGGAGAGAUGGACUAA